UAUGACUUGUACCGUCAUCAACCUUAUAUAGAUCCCUCUGGCCCCCGUGUCUCUCUGUCAAUCUGCUUCACCGAUUUGCAAUUCUUGGCUUUUUCCUAUUCACAUCUUGAUUUACUCAACCGAUUCAUAGACAUUUGACCGUCCCGUUACUACGUCAUUAUCAUUAUCAUUGUCAUUCCCAUUAUCACUGCCAAUCUCACCUCGACCUUCAGUUAUACACCAAGCGGCAGGCGUCAUUAGGGGCAACAACAAUCUUGCGAAAGGGCUUCUUUAACAUUAUAAAUAUUCCUAAAAGAUCGGCUUCGGCUCUCUCAAUUACUUCAUACGAAAAUGCUUUCCUACGAACCCACACCAAUGUCAAUCAAGACUCCCACAAAACCAACUACCAUUACUUUGCCGCCCACCACAUCGUCACCAAUGACGGUAGCGCCCCCAUCCGUCAACUCUGCCUCCAUCAAUGGCCACAAAGCCCAGGGACAACAACACAUCUGGCUGGUUACGGGCCCUGCCGGCUGUGGAAAGACAACAGUCGCUGGAUAUUUGGCUCAAUCAUUAGGCCUGCCCUAUAUCGAGGGCGAUUCGUUCCACCCUCCAGCCAAUAUUGAUAAGAUGCGAAAUGGUAUUCCCCUAACUGAUGCCGACCGAUGGGAUUGGCUCACAGCUUUACGGGAAGAAUCCAUCAAGAGACUGAAUUCCGGAUCCAAUGGAGUCGUCCUUACUUGCUCGGCUCUCAAGCGCAAGUAUCGCGAUGUCAUCCGCGUUGCUGGAUACUACGAUCACCGCAUUCAGAUCCACUUCGUUUUCCUCGACGCUUCUGAGGAGCUUCUUCUCGCUCGUGUCGCCCAACGACAAAACCAUUACAUGGGUGCCAACAUGGUCCAUAGCCAAUUCGAGACCCUUGAGCGGCCUUUGGCCGAUGAAAAGGAUGUUAUCACCAUCGACGUCAGCCGGCCCAUAGAAGAGGUGGAGCGAGAAGCGCUCAGUAACGUGUUGGAAACAAUCACCAAAUCUCAAGACAAGCCAUGAGCAUUAGACGGCGUUGGAAAACAUCGUUAUAUACGCUUUACAUCAUUUGGUACAUAUUUACCGGCUUCAUCAUACACUGCCGACCCGCCAUACACAGUCAUUAUGGACAAUUUUAGGCGAGGUCUUAUUAUCAAGCAGGGAGUCACAGCGUUAUGGUUAUAUAUGCAUUCAGGAUUCUGGAGUUCAAGAUUUAAAAGGCGUUUGGAACCAAGAAGUCUCGUCAUUGCCCAGCACCUACGCACUCGGACAGCUCUCCGAUGAGGCGCGACCAGGGAAAAGGAGACUAGCUAGCUUGGUGCAGUCCCCCGCAAAGUGUCAGAGUUGCAGUCGUUGUACCGCAUGAGCACAACUGGGGCUGCUUGCUUACACGGAUAGGCUAAAAAGAAGGGAAGGAAAGGUACUCCCUCAUCCCCAGGGUUCUGAUUUUACGCCACGCGCGCAUGAGAGCCAAAUUUGAGCGAGAUGCGAAGUCAGUUUUGAGGGUUGCUAUAUUAUCAACUCAUCUUAGAAGAUCCAUGAUCUGCUUCACUUAUUAGGGCAGAAAUACACACAAAUGUUCUUGCACUAAACCCAUCAGUACUAUGCGAUGUAUGCCGUCCGUUGCCAUGAGCCUAUGAGGUUUCUUGUAAUUUUGCUUGUGAGGAGACAUCCGUCACGGCAUCGGCUUCCAGCUAUUCCGACGAACAUUAAGUCUCCUGCAUCAUGACAACUCAACACACUUGACCGCGGCUCAGCGCGUCUGAUUGAAAAUGCCUCUGACCGACAAGCGAACGAGUGAUAGCUCA